GCUCAUUCAAGUGUCCAACUUUUGUCGGAGCGGUCGCAUCGGUACGGAUAAAUUCACACAACGUUCAGAGUCCGCUGGCAGUCAGCAAGUGCGGUACAUACAUAGUACAUACAUACAAACAUAUAAACGACAGCGCCUACUAGGCUAUUGUGUGUGUAUAAAGUGGCUAUAUACAUAUGUUUGUAGAAUAUAUAUGUAUAUUUGUGUCGGUGUUUUUGUAUCAUAGAAAAUACGCGCGCGUGUGUGUGUGCAUAUGUUUAUGGCAGUGUUAUAAAAAAACAGUGUUUCGCCUAUAGAUGCAUAUACACAUAUCCAUAUAUACAUUAUAUAUGCAUAUCGCAGCAGAUCGUUUGGCGUUAAUGUGCAACUGCAUAUAGACACUGUAUAUAUGUACACACUUAGGUGUGCGUGUGUUUAUUCACUAACAACUGAACGCUAUUGAAGGCGCUACUCAACGCGCUACACUGCCGCUGUUGUUGUUGUACUUGUUGUGGUUAGUGCUUUUGUUAUUGCGCGGCUACAGCUGCCUCGUCACAGCGAUUUUGCCUCUACUCAUACGUACGUACUUAUGUACAUAUGUAUAUGCGCUUCGCUUGCUCGUAAUCAGCGCUGUUAUAGCCGUACGCGAAGCCCCGCUGCCUGUGCCGUUGCCAUUGCCAUUGUCCGUCAACUAGUCGCAGCAUUGCUACUGUGCUGUCUUGCCACCGUCGGGCAAUCGAUACCCGCUGACUGUGGUCUGCGUGCCGUGAAAGACCAUCAUCAAAGCCAACGGUGAGCGCGAGUGCUCGUUUUAAUGUACAUUAAUACAUACAUAUGUAUAUACAAACAUAUUUAAGUAUAUAUAUGCAUGUGCGUAUGUUUGUAGUGCGUAUGCUCGCUAAUAACGUCUAAUUGCAAAUAAUACGCCAAAAGCAAGUUGUGUCGAAGGUGCGCGGAAGCAAGUGUGCAAACAUAUGCGUAUAUUUGUAUUUACUGCGCUCACAUACAACACAUUAUCUCUUCGGCGCGUAUCAAAACAAUUAAUAAAUAAUAAACAACAACAAAAACACGAAAAGAAAACAAAAUUAAAAUAUUUUGCAAUUAACCGGCAAAAUAAAAACGCAAACAAGUGAAUUUUCGCCGAUAAAUUUUUCGAUAAACACAACAAAUGUCAAGUAGUGCAACUGUGCUGCUAAUCAAAACAAACACGUCGCAAACUUGCAGCUAAAACAAACACUGCAUUGUAGUUGUCAUUAGGAAAUUUGGUGAAAUUAAGAAAAAAGAAACAAAAAUAAAAAUAAAAACGUUAAAAUUAAUUGACACACACAAAAUGAAGACUCCACGCGGCGCUAGCGAGUCGUCCACGACAUCUGACAACACAACCGAAUUCAUUGAUAUCGUUAAGAAGUAUGAUGUUGUUUACAAUACACACAAUCCUGAUUAUAAAAAUGUCGAAGUGAAAAUGAAGGUUUGGUCGCAAAUAGCCGAGGAGAUUGGCCUGUCUGUCGAUGCAUCGAAGCGAAAAUGGAAAAAUCUACGCGACAGUUACACCAAAUAUUUGCGUUCUUUUCGGAUCGGUACGAAGACAUCGAAGAAAUAUCAGUAUUGGGCCCAUGCCGAUCAUAUGGAUUUUCUGAAACCUUAUCAGGGACCCGGCAGCAUUUCGGCCUUUGGCCAUUCUUUCAGACAUUCGAACGGCAACUCGAAUAGUAGCAACAGUCACAAAACCAAUGAGGAUACCGAGGAUACGGAGUGUGAUUUCGGUUUUCAAGUAUUGACUAAGGCCACAGCUACUAACUCUUCAUCGGAUGAUGAUAUAAAAUUUAAUGCCACAGGUACAAUGCCAACAAGCACAACGGUACAAACACCAGCAGCGCCAGCACCACCACCGCCGCCACCGCCAACGUCACAAACAACAGUAGCGACCAUUCCACCAGCUGUAUGCAGCACGAUAACAAAUACAACGCUGACAGCUGUACCAACAACACACAAUCCGAUUCCCGCACACUUUCCUAUCACAGCGAUGGUUUCAGUACCUGCAGCAUCAGCUGCUUUUUCGCCCAACAAUUCAGCUGCAAUUAAUUGCAUUGCUCCGAGCAAUAAUAUUGCAGCCGCCGCUUCGGUUGCAGCGCUUACUAACAAUUGUAGUGGUGCGCCAGCAGUGACCGCAACAGCCGGUGCACUUGUGCUGCCAGUGCCAUCAUUGCCAACUGUACAAUUACCACCCGUACAGCCGAUGAACAAACCGCUUUUGGGUCCGAUCUCAACUAUGGGUCCUACCAAUAUGCCACCAGCGCAGAUAUUUCCGUUGCCGCCACUGGCAAAUGUACCAAAACCAACCGCACUGAUGCCAGCUAGCAGCGCUGCCAGUAGUGUGGGUUGCUUAAUUAUUGAACCACAAUUAUUUGCCUCGGCAGAUACGUUCAAGAAGGAGCUAAGCGCUCCAACUAUUGGUUUAUUCCAUAAUAUAACAUCACCCGCAACGACUACCGCCGCUACGGCACGCAUCAAUCCACCGCUGAUAUCGAAAAUACGUCGUGUGCAGCCAUCGCCACAAACAGCAGCGAUUAAUCUGAGCUUUAGUGCAACACAAGCACAACAAACGGCGAAUAACAGCAGCAGCAACAACAACAACAAUACGCUUAAUAAUAGCAACAAUAAUAAUUGCGGUCAACCGCCACCGGCGAAGGUGCGCAAAACAAGUGAUCGUGCUGAGGUCGAUAUUUCAGCAAUAUUGCAGGCGAAUCGCGACUUAGAUGCCAAUACAUUAUUUUUCCUCAGUUUGGCGCGUAUGGUACGCGCAAUGCCAACCAAAUUCCAAUCGCUUGCGAAGAUGCGUUGCAUGCGUAUUGUCAGCGACAUAGAAUUGGAGCUGGAGAAUGUAAAUGAAUGUGGUGGCAUGCCAUCACACGAUGAUUCACACGCUGGAAAAUUUUGUAGCAUAGAUUCAUCGCCCUCCCCUCCGGAUGGCGCAACCAUUAUACCAAGUAAUCCAGUGUCAGACAGUGGACCAACAGAGCACUUCGUUUAUGUGAUGUCGCCAUCACGUGUGGAGAGCAUGAUUGAUAUUUCAUCCGACGAAGAUGGCACCAUGAAUGGCAAUUAAUUGGGUACAAAUAUACAUAACUCAAUAAAAUAGUGAAAUGUAAAUAUUUUAUCAAAGAUACUCAGAAUAAAAUUAAGUUCAUUUUAAAAAUA